AACAUGGAUCGCAAGCUUGUGUCUAGCUGGUACAAUCUUCAUUCAUCGGUGCCACCAUCUUAUGUGCAACCACCAGAAAGAAGACCUGGUAAUGCUGUAAUUGCCACCGGCAUAAAUAUUCCAGUGAUAGACAUUGGAGGACAUGAUCGAGAUGAUAUCAUAAGGGACGUUAUGAAGGCCUCCGAGGAGUUUGGAUUUUUCCAGGUUAUCAACCAUGGAGUUUCUAAGGAGUUAGUGGAAGAUACACUGGGGAUUUUCAAAGGAUUUCAUGCCAUGCCUGUGAAUGAGAAGAUAAGUGAAAGCUCUAAGGACCCAAAUGGAAGCUGCAAGCUCUAUACAAGUAGUGGGAGGAAUAAUCAAGAUGUGGCUCUGUAUUGGAAGGACUCUUUACAACACCCUUGUCCACCUUCCGGAGAUUUCAUGGAGUAUUGGCCUGAGAAACCUGCGGGAUACCGGGAAAUUGUUGGGAAAUAUACACAAGAAUUAAGAAAACUGGGGCUCAAAAUUUUGGAUCUGCUGGCUGAAGGGUUGGGACUGGACCCAAAAUAUUUCUAUGGAGAACUUAGUGAAAAUGCAGUAGUGAUAUCUCAUCUUUACCCUCCAUGCCCUGAACCAAGUUUAACCUUGGGAGCAUCCAAGCACAAAGAUCCUAACAUUCUUACCAUUCUGCUUCAACAAGCAGAUAUCACUGCACUUCAAGUCUUCAAAGAUGGGGCAUGGAUUCCUGUUGAGCCAAUUCCCAAUGCCUUUGUAGUUAACAUGGGGUUUAUGCUACAGAUAAUUAGCAAUGGAAGGCUCAUUGGUGCUGAACACAGAGUUAUCACAAAUUCAAGCACUGCGAGGCACACUAUCGCUUAUUUCAUCAACCCAACAAAAGAAGCCUUUAUAGAACCUGCGAAGCCUCUGCUAAGUUCAACUUCUCCACCCAUAUACCGAUCCAUGACAUUUGGAGAACUGCUAGGAAAUUUUUUGAACAAGGGUCCUUACUUUGAACCAGAAUUGCUCCUAGAACCUUCCAAAAAAAUAUAA